AUGCAACACCUGACAAAGGACUUUACGGAACACCUGAAGAAACUCCUAUUGCAUCACUGGGCCUCUCUGCGGAGCCGCGUGCACCUGCCAGCCGCCACAGGGUACCUGGGAGUUACCCUCAAGGCGCCCGGCCGGUACCAGGCUCGCAUGCUGGCGCGCGAUGGGACACGUCAGCGCCACGUGGGUUUCUAUGCCACUGCUGAGGAGGCUGCGCUGGCGUAUGACGUGGCAGUGCUGCGCGUGCAUGGCGCUCAGGCGAAGCUGAAUUUCCCUGCGGAUGAGCGGAGAGGGGAGGGCGGGAAGGAGGCGCCGAGUGGGGGCGGUGAUGUGGCAGGUCAAAAUUUGGAGAAAUUGGACGGUUCGUUGUUGUCCCCCCGGCGGGAAGCUGGUGCAGAAGCUGCAGGUGAGGGUGGGGCCGAAGCUGACGGCGAGGCUCGGAUAAGCGUGCAGAAAGCAGCAGUGAAUGGGGACGAGAAGGGCAGGGAGGAGAAGGACAAGGGGUUGACCCCGUCAGAACCCCCUCCCCCAGGUGUCACCUCGUCCCCAACGCUACCUCCCCCAAUGCUGCCUCCCCCAAUGCUACCUCCCCCAGUCCCCUCCUCCACAGUCAGUCGCAAGGUAAGGAAACGCCACCCCCCUGGGCCCCGCCCCUCUGCGCUCGCCCCAUCUGCCUCCAAAAACGCUACUCAGGUGUUCUCUCAGGUGCCCCUUCAGGUGCCAGCUGGCCAGGUGUUUUCUCAGGUGACUUCUCAGGUGCCGGAUGGUCAGGUGUUUUCUGAGGUGCAGGUGGGGAGUGAGGGAGGAGGGGUUGGAGUGAGGGUGGUGGGUGAGGAGCCUGAGAGGAGUGCAAUGGAGACGGUUCGGGUGACAGUUGGGGAGGUGACUAUAACGGGGGCAGUGGGGGAAGUGUGUGUGGUGGGGGCAGUGGAAGGAAAAGAGGGACAGAAGCAGGGAGAGACUGCCGCAGGUCGAGCUGCCAGGUGUCAGCAGGUGAUUGGGCCAGAGAGUAACGCUGUGGUGGUCGGUGAGAGGAGUGAGACGCGAGGGAACGGACAGGUGGAGAGCGGUGGGGAUGGGAGUGGCGGAGUUGAGAGCGGUGGUGCUGGGGGCAGUGCGGCACAGGGUGAAGGAGGGAGGGGGAGGGGUAGAAUCAGGAAGAGGCAAAGAGCAGGGGCAUGGAAGGGCUAA